GCUCGAGUUCCUGGCCGCCAUCCUCAUAGUCACAGAACAGACCCUCCUACACUGAGCGCCUGCUGAUGGCGCGCGGGCUGGUUGCGGCGCUGCUGGCGUUCGCCCUCGUGCACGCCAGCGCCCUCGCCUCGACGGCAGAACUGGAGGCGGACCGGCCCAAGGGAGCACGCCGGCGGGCCCGCCAGCGCAGCCUCGCUGCGGAGACGGCGGCCGAGGUCGCCAAGGCCGGUUGCGCCAACCUCGGCGGCGAGAAGUGGUUCUCGGACCCGCGCGGUACCCUGUUUCAGGUGAAGCAGGACCACUGCAUGAUCAGCUUCCUGCUGAAGAACCAAAGAGGCGUGGAGUUCACGAAGCGCGGCAUUGUCAAGGGCACCAAGGUGUUUGUAGAGCCGCCUUUCCCCGAGGGCCAGGUAGUGGACGGCAGCGUCGCCUUUGAUAACGGUGCCCGGUGGGAACGCAAGUGGUGAGCGUUGCGCCGUCGAGCGGCAAUCGAAACUUGUCGGCGCCGAUGCCGCCGCUUCCUCCGCUC